AGUUCAGCGCAAAGAAAAUGCGCGUCGGUGGUUUGUGAGUGCGCACGGACAAUCGGGUUAACCGAGAAGCUAGACCGAGAUUGGAAAAGCCCCUGCGGCUGCCGUGCUCUGAGAAGUUCUUGCGGGUGGAUGAAUCAGGAGCAAAGAAACUCUGCUGCACAACUGAGAAUGGCGUUCCCAUAUAAAUGUCUGGCAGCGUGCACUAGACUGGCUGCUGAUGGCGAGGACUGGGCAUUGUUUGGUGCAUCUGGUUCAACACUCGUGGUUCAAUCUUCACGCGGCACCCAAUCAACAUGGUCAACGGAACAAAAUGUGGAAAAUAAACCGGACCAUGGCGACGAGAGCGUAGAAGGACCAUCUGGAAAGCGAAUCAAGCUUUCACACCCAACGCAUCAGAAGAACAACUUCUCGAGUAUCAAGAUAUCAAACGAUGGCAAAUACCUAAUUGCAAUUACCGCGGAAGACAAAAGUAUUCGAGUGUUUCAGUUGUCAUCGGAUUGGCAGUUACGACAACUCAGCGAAAGAUGUAUGACGAGAAGGCCAUGCUCCAUCACGCUGAGUGACGACAAUUCAACCAUCUUCUGCGCUGACAAGUUCGGCGAUGUAUAUGCAUUACCAUUGUUACCUUCUCCAGAAGAUGAGCGGAAUGCUAAUCCGCACCCCGAAGACGGACCUAAGAAAUACGCACCGUCGGCCAGUCUGAGUACUGUUCACUCGGGACGUAACAGAAAGGUUUUGGAGGAACAGCUCAAACAAGCCGCAAAGGGGCGACCGCAGCCCAAAGAUGCACCCACGUUCAAGCACGAUUUGCUUCUGGGCCACGUCUCGAUGCUUACAGAUGUUGUGACUGCGACAGUAGGAUCUCGAAGCUACCUAAUCACAGCCGAUCGAGAUGAGCAUAUCCGCGUAUCGCGUAGUGUUCCGCAAGCUCAUAUCAUCGAGGGCUUCUGCCAUGGGCAUGAGGAAUUCGUGCACCGACUAUGCAUGUCCAAUUCCAACCGUCUCAUAUCAGGCGGUGGAGAUACACAUCUCUACGUCUGGGACUGGCUGUCUCACACCCUUCUUGAGAAGAUACCACUCCAAUCUGCGGUGCUGAACCUGUAUCGGAACCAGUCAGGUCUGAAUUCAUUAGUACCAGAGAGGGAGGAAGACUUUAGGAUUGCUGUCUCCGGCAUAUGGAACGUUCCAUCCAGGACAGAUGAGACGGACGAGAUCUUGGUGGCCUGCGAAGGCGUGCCUGCCCUAUUCAAAAUAAAGCCCGAAACGCCGUCAGAAGAAGCACAGACAUUGGUUUUGAAUGGCAAUGCGCUGGAUGUUACAUUUGUCACUGUGGCGGGCGCAAACACCGCUAUUGUCUCCAUUGAUCAUGUGCACGAACCGGGUCACACAACGAAAACACGUGAAAAUCAGGAGCCGUCACGACUGCAAUUAUUCACGACUGCCCAAAAUGGCGAGUGGUUUGAAGACGAUCGACUCAAGUCUACACUGGAAUGGUUCAGCCAAGACACGGUCGGCGGUCAAGACACGGGCGAGUCAGCUCGAGUGGCGUUCGGAAAAGAAGUCCAAGGUGUGAUAUACGGCGUGGAAAAUUUGAGGAAAAGAGCUGAGAUCGAUGCGGCGGUGUCUGUUUAG